AUGGCAAUGAUUAAGCAAAUACUGAGAGAUGUAUUGAUCAACAAGAAUGCUAUUAUGUUUCAAACAACAAUGCGGGCAAAACAUUCUGUAAGGUUGCAAUCUUUUCACACUGGACUGGCUUGCAAACAGGAUAAAUAUAGUCCCAGCGACACCAAGAAAGUAUUGAGUUUCUACGAUAACAUCAACAGCAUUUUAAAUGAAAUCAACUCUUCAGAUGAUAGUUACGAUCACACACAGUACUUCAGAAAUUCUCAAGACGUUCAAGACCAGUCUCAAGAUCACAAUCAAUCUCAAUCAGACCAAGCGAUAGAGAACCUGAAUGUUCUGAAUGAAGUGAUCGAUGAGCAGCAUGUGGACGUCAAGAAGGCAGCAGAGAACUUUUUGGAUACGUAUGGAAUUUACUCUCAGUUGUGCAACGCUGGGUUCACGGAUUCGCAGUCAAAAAUCAUUCUAUCUUUACUGACAGAGGAACUAAACUCACAGGUUCACUAUCUAUCGAAAAACUUCUCUCCACAGCAGGACUUGGAGAAUGACACUUAUUUAUUUGAGGCAGCUCAGUCAGAACUUUCUGUAGAGAUCAAUGGGUAUCGUGAUUCUAAUUUAAGUGACUUGAUGAACAGUUCCAUUUUUUUGAAGCGUCUAUUCAACUCGUUGGAAGACUCGCUCAACAUUCAGUAUCAACUGAUAGACAAUUCGAUGAAACUAGAAAUCGAUCAGUUUAAGCAUGAGAAUAAUCUUACAAAUAAAAAACUAAACAUACGAAAUCACGACCUGAAUAACAGAAUUGGAACCGAGCUGAUGUCAGGUAUAAAAUCAGAAAUUGAAUCUCUGCGGUGGGCCAUCACUAGGGCGGGAGUAUUAGCACUGCUAUCAAUGGUGUUUAGCAUUUUGGUCUGUUUUAACGUCUCGCAACGAUCUGCGAGUAAAGAAGAGACUGAAAUGGCAGCAGAUAAGCAAAUAGACACACAGUUACGAAGAGCCCAUCUUCCAGCCGAAACAGUGCAUAAUGAAUACGAAGCAGACUGGGAAGAGGAUCAAGAAGUGUCAUGA